AACAAACUUAGAUCAUCGCAAUAAAAAGCCGCGCGGCGCGCUCAGCCUCCUCUAGUGACCGGCUGGGCGCUGGGAUCCUUCCACGAGCCUCCUCUUGUCCCUGCGAGCUGCUGGGGCAGCCCAGCGGCACCAUGUGGGCCAAGGAACUCCUGCCGGCCCUGCUGCUCCAUCUGAUGCUGCUGCUUCCCAUCACCAUCCCCUUGGCAGAGGGCAAAGGGAAAAGGAGAAAUGCUCUUCAUGACUUCAAAAAGACAGGAGAGACUAUGCUAAUUAGGUCAGACCUAUCACUAGUGAGAAAAACCAAGCUGUUAAACACUACAGAGAGCCUUUGCUUUUGACAGAGCUACAAAACGAUGCCAUUGGUUCUCUUUCAACAGCAUGACGAAUGGAGUGAGGAAGAAGCAAGACCAUGCGUUUGAUCUAUAUGAAAAGAAAGACUACAUUAGAAACUGUAUUAUUGGUAAAGGUGCAAACUACAAGGGAACAAUGUCUGUUACAAAAAGUGGCAUCCAGUGUCAGGCAUGGAAUUCUAUGAUACCCCAUGAGCACAGCUUUUUGCCUUCGAGCUAUCGGGGUAAAGACCUUCAGGAAAACUACUGUCGGAAUCCCCGAGGGGAAGAAGGAGGGCCUUGGUGUUUCACAAGCAAUCCAGAGAUACGCCAUGAAGUCUGUGACAUUCCUCUCUGUUCAGAAGUUGAAUGUAUGACCUGCAAUGGAGAAAGUUAUAGAGGGCCAAUGGAUCACACUGAAUCAGGCAAGGAAUGCCAGCGCUGGGACCUUCAGAGACCACACAGGCACAAAUUCAGACCAGAGAGAUAUCCUGACAAAGGCUUUGAUGAUAAUUACUGCCGCAAUCCCGAUGGCAAGCCGAGACCAUGGUGCUACACUCUUGACCCUAACACCCCGUGGGAGUUCUGUGCAAUUAAAACAUGUGCUCAGACCAUUGUGAACAUCACUGAUACUGCAGUGGAAACAACAGAGUGUGUCAAGGGGCAAGGCGAGGGCUACCGAGGCACCGUGAACACAAUAUGGAGUGGAGUCCAGUGCCAGCACUGGGACUCCCAGUUUCCUCACCAGCACAACAUCAUUCCAGAAAAUUUCAAGUGCAAGGAUUUAAGAGAGAACUACUGCCGAAAUCCAGAUGGAUCCGAGUCACCUUGGUGUUUUACUACUGACCCAAACAUCCGGAUUGGUUAUUGCUCCCAAAUACCUAAAUGUGAUGUGUUAAGUGAACAAGAUUGCUAUCGUGGUAAUGGCAAAAAUUACAUGGGAAAUUUGGCUAAGACAAGAUCUGGGCUAACUUGCUCCAUGUGGAAUGAGAAUAUUGAGGAUUUAAGGAGGCACAUACCAGUAUUCAUGGAACUAGACAUUAGCAAACUGAAGAAAAACUACUGCCGCAAUCCCGAUGAUGAUGUUCAUGGUCCUUGGUGCUACACGAGCAAUCCUCUCGUUCCCUGGGACUACUGCCCAAUUUCUCGAUGUGAAGGUGAUACAACUCCUACCACAACCAAUUUAGACCAUACUGUCAUUUCUUGUGCCUCAACAAAACAUUUGAGAGUUGUAAACGGAAUCCCUACACAAACUAAUAAAGGAUGGAUGGUUAGUUUGGCAUACAGGAAUAAACAUAUCUGUGGAGGUACUUUGAUAAAGGAAAACUGGGUUCUAACAGCAAGACAAUGUUUCCCUUCGAGGUACAAAGAUUUGAAAGACUAUGAAGUUUGGCUUGGAGUUCAUAAUAUCAAAGGAAGAGAAGAGAAACAUAAACAAGUUCUGAAUAUCUCCCAGUUGGUGUAUGGACCUGAAGGGUCUGAUUUGGUGUUAUUGAAACUUACCAGAGCGGCAGUAUUAAAUAAUUUUGUGGAUAUAAUCAGACUGCCCACUUCUGGAUGCACCAUUCCAGAGAGGACCACUUGUAGUGUUUAUGGAUGGGGAUACACAGGAUUGAUUCACUUUGAUGGCCUGCUCCGAGUAGCAAACCUAUUUAUUGUGGGAAAUGAAAAGUGCAACCAAUAUCUCAAAGGAAAGAUUACAGUGAAUGAGUCAGAAAUCUGCGCUGGGGCUGAGAGCGCUGGCACUGGACCAUGUGAGAGAGAUUAUGGUGGUCCCCUGGUCUGUGAACAAAACAGGAUGAAAAUAAUAGUGGGUGUUAUUGUUCCUGGCCGUGGAUGUGCCAUUCCAAAUCGUCCUGGGAUUUUUGUAAGAGUGGCAUAUUACUCCAAGUGGAUACGCAAAAUUUUGUUAACGUACUAAUCUGAGCUAUAGCUGAAUAUUCCACACAAACCCACCAAUUUUAUUCACAUGAAGAUUUCAGAGAGCAUGAAAUUAAUGUGUAAUGUAAAGAUCCAUGAUUUUCUUAAAAACUACUUGAUAGUCAAGUUUCUUGAUCUUCUAUUGAUAUUUAUGGGUGUUUUCUGAAGAUUUUGUCUAUCAGUGUUGUUUUAUAAAUGUUGAAGUGAGCUACAGCAUAUGCAAGUAUGGUGACAUAUCUCCUGAAAAUACUUGAAUGGGUAAACAAAUUGCAAAGAUAUGAUUGCUGGAUGCAGAAGUGUUUUGUGGAAGCUCAUGUGGUCUCUUUAGGCUGCUUCUCCAGCUCGGCUUGUCCAUGAGAAAAAAGAAAGCUUGUUUUCUUUAAUACCUCUUACUCUUGCUAUGUACACUGCUUUCAGUUUGUGGCAAAAGUUCUACUGAGAGCUGUGCAUUGCUCAAGAACAGCCUAUAUGGACUUAAUUCUCUGUCCCCAUCUGAAGAAUUUAAAUAUAAUUAAUACUAUAUUUUUAAAAUAAUCUCUUUAUUUGCUCAUUUCAUUGUGGGCCCAAUUCUGCAAGCCCUCUAUGAGCGGAGCUCUCAUUGAAGUCAAUGGGAGUUCCUUCUACAUAGGAUAUGUAGGAUCUGGCUGUGUACUUAUUGUCCAAAUCAACCCUAUGUAUAAGGGUAGGUUGAUUAGCAGCUUAUCAGACUUUGUUUUUAAUUGUCCCAGAGUGUGUGCUCUGCAGCUGGAGAUGUAAUUCAGGCAGAUAUACACAUGCUAGAUUUGAUUGAGCUAGCAUGUUAAAAUAGCCCUGUAGCUGUGGUGGUGCCGGAAAUGGCAUGGUCUAGCUCUCUCAGUAUUUACCUAGUGACUCUGAUAGAAUUGCAGUCAGAAGGCCAGUCCAUCCAGUUGCCUGUGCUGUCAUGGUCACACCGCUAUCUGGAAACUGCCCCUCCAGCUGCAGAGUAGAUUAACCCCUAGAUUAAAACAACAUAUCUAAGGAUAUGUCUACACUGCAACACUAUUCCGAAAUAACUUAGUCUGCAUCUAUACAGCAGACAGUUAUUUAGAAUUAAUGUCGAAAUAUCGUCAAGCUGGACUCCUGUAACCCUUAUUGUACAAGGAGUAAGGGAAGUCAGAGGAAGAGUGCUCUGUUUUGAAAUAAGUGUUGUGUUGACACUCCCAAUUUUGAAAUAAGCUAUUUCAAAAUAAGCUACACAAUUGACAUAGCUCAAGUUGCGUAGCUUAUUUCGAGUUAAGCCCUGCUGUGUAGAUGCACCCAUAGGGUCCCAGAAAUUUAUCCUGAUGAGCUAAAGACAGACCAUUUUUUUACGGUUAAAAUGAAUUCCAUUCAAAUAGAGAGUUAGGCCCAGAUUUCUCAGUGACUCAUGGAAGUAACUGUGGAUAUACAGCAGUGUAGAGGUGUGUCUAGACUACAUGCCUCCGUCGACGGAGGCAUGUAGUCUAGACACACCUCUACACUGCUGUAUAUCCACAGUUACUUCCAUGAGUCACUGAGAAAUCUGGGCCUAACUCUCUAUUUGAAUGGAAUUCAUUUUAACCGUAAAAAAAUGGUCUGUCUUUAGCUCAUCAGGAUAAAUUUCUGGGACCCUAUGGGUGCAUCUACACAGCAGGGCUUAACUCGAAAUAAGCUACGCAACUUGAGCUAUGUCAAUUGUGUAGCUUAUUUUGAAAUAGCUUAUUUCAAAAUUGGGAGUGUCAACACAACACUUAUUUCAAAACAGAGCACUCUUCCUCUGACUUCCCUUACUCCUUGUACAAUAAGGGUUACAGGAGUCCAGCUUGACGAUAUUUCGACAUUAAUUCUAAAUAACUGUCUGCUGUAUAGAUGCAGACUAAGUUAUUUCGGAAUAGU